GCCAAUCAGAUGCAGUUGUAGUGACUGUAACCCGGAUGUAUUUGUUAGCCACUUUCUGUUGGCUGUCUUAUCGCUAAACUAGGACCACACGAGUGAACUUCACUUGUUUAUUGAGGUGCUACACGUCAUAUUUAUUAUAAUAAUGCCCGGGGGCGAUAGAGAAACGGACCUGACGGAGAGAGUCGAGGCUUUUUUGUCCGACCUAAAGCGAGGGGGCAGCGGGAUAGGACCUCUGCGGGGCUCGGCGGAGACAGCCCGGGAAACGACAUCCCUGCUCCGAAGAAUUACAUCCCAGGCUCGGUGGAGCAGUGCAGGUGAUCUAAUGGAAAUAAUCCGGAAGGAGGGGAGGAGAAUGGCUGCUGCCCAACCGUCAGAGACCACCGUUGGGAACAUGAUCAGACGUGUGCUGAAGAUAAUCAGAGAGGAGUAUGCAAGGUCUCGAGGGAGCAGCGAGGAGACGGACCAGCAGGAAUCCCUACACAAGCUGCUGACAUCUGGGGGUCUCAGCGAGGAGAACUUCAGGCAGCAUUUUGCUCCUCUGAAAGCUAACGUCAUCGAAGCCAUCAACGAGUUGCUGACAGAGCUUGAGGGAACCACCGACAACAUCGCCAUGCAGGCUCUGGAGCACAUCCACUCCAAUGAGGUCAUUAUGACUAUCGGACGCUCUCGCACCGUGGAGGCCUUCCUGGAAGAUGCCGCUCGCAAGCGCAAGUUCCACGUCAUCGUUGCCGAGUGUGCACCUUUUUGUCAGGGACACGAGAUGGCGACCAGUCUGUCAAAAGCUGGCAUCGAGACGACGGUAAUCGCAGACGCCGCCAUAUUUGCGGUCAUGUCUCGUGUGAACAAGGUGAUCAUCGGGACGCAGACAGUUCUUGCCAACGGAGGCCUGAGGGCCGUCAACGGGACGCACACUCUUGCCCUGGCUGCCAAGCACCAUUCCACGCCGCUCAUUGUUUGCGCUCCAAUGUUCAAGCUCUCGCCUCAGUUUCCAAAUGAGGAGGACACCUUUCAUAAGUUUGUCUCUCCUCACGAGGUGCUUCCAUUCACUGAAGGAGAGAUCCUCUCCAAGGUGAACGCGCACUGUCCCGUCUUUGACUACGUCCCGCCUGAGCUCAUCACGCUCUUCAUCUCCAACAUUGGCGGACACGCGCCGUCCUACAUCUACAGACUUAUGAGCGAACUCUACCACCCUGAAGAUCACGAACUGUAAACGGUGGAAAUGAAAAGAAUACAUAGACAUUAAAUACUUUUUAGUUGUGUGUUUUAUUUAGCAAGGCAUGCUAAAUGUCUGACCGGAUUGGACACUCAAAUCAAAUAUAUUUUUUUUAAUAUAGCUUUAAAUUAAAAAAUGUUAAAAUAAAAAAUGCCAUCUUAAAAUACAUGCAUGAA